AUGGAGCUGUCAGACGGAGGACAUGAUGUUGUCCAUCCCGAAGUCAGAGCACACAUCACCAGCCUCAUUUCCGCUCUCGGAGGAAUCAGCGCCGACGACGAUGGCCAAUAUCAACUUGGCGAUGAUGCGCUCGAGGUUUUGCGCGAUAUCAAACGAUGGAUCCGAUUCUACGACGAGAAAACGAACCGCAUGGACGUUGCGCGAUGCGUCUACGAAGCCAAUCUUAUACAGGGCGACCUGAUUCCCAUUCUUGCAAAAUGGCCCGAAGAUUCGAUGGACAACAAGUUCAAGAGCAGAGUCGUGCUCUCGUGCUUUGAAGUCAUGGUUCCAUUGACGUGGCCCAUCGACCAGGACAAGGAGAAGAUGACAGUCAACCACCACAGACAUGUCCCCGUCCUCCAGCUCGCCCAGCUGCAGUAUAAAAGUGCCAUCAUCAACUUUGAUGGCGCGAGACUACUGCACUCCGCUGUCCGAUCUGCCCUUCCGUCCAUGGCCAUUCCGAUAGGCGACCGAACCCCCAGAGACCAUGGCAUUAUCAAGCUGGUUCUCUUCUUCUUGCGAAAUAUAGCCAUGAUUGCAUCGUCGCCUGGUGUCAAAUUCGACGGUGAUGAGACUGAAAUUUCUCGAUCCACCACAAUAGACGCAUUUUCCUACCAAGACGUCUUUAUUGUUCUGCUGACUAUGGCUUCCAACAUGGGCGAAGAUUUCAAAACCGAGGAUACGACAGUCAUGGAAAUCCUGUACCACCUUGUCAAGCAAGUCGAUGUCGAUAAGCUCUUCAUGGACGAAAGUCAAUUGAACAAGGCAAAAGCGGGAGAGCUGUCUGAUCUCAUGAAGAAGGAAUCUGCCAUGCUUCAUUCAUAUAACAGAAAAGCACCUACACGACACAACCGCUUCGGAACCAUGGUCUGGGUCAAGCGCGACGACGGCAAAAUGACGUCCUUGUCUGGUCAGGACGCACUGGCGGAUGCGGCAUCAAGAAACCAAAAGAUGGACGACAGCAAGACGUUCCGUCCUGCUCGGCGCAGUAAAAAAGAAAACAAAGAUGAAAAAGAUCUGGGUCUCCCGACACCUCUGACUACCAGCGCCGCCAAACAGCUUCGCUCUCUGGUAGAAGAAUUCCUCGAUUCUGGGUUCAACCCUUUGUUCCUACAUAUCCGAAAAUCUAUUGAUCGAGAGGCACCACACAUCAUGGCCUUUCACAGACGUCAAUUCUUCUACCUCGUUUCUUGGUUCCUCGAAGCCGAACGAGGGCGGCGCAAACGCAACAAGGCCAAAAAUAAAGGCACAACAGAAGAAGUUAGCAGUUUCAACUUGAUAGCGAGCGUUUUGAAUCAAGAAAUGUUCAUUACGCUUAGCAAGGGGCUGCAUGAAUCCUACGAUUACAAGGAUUGGCCGUCGUUGACUGCAGCCAUGCGCUGCUUCACGCAAAUCCUGCUGACAAUUCAGGAAAUGACGGAAGAAGGAACGGAAGACGACCAGGAAAUUGCAGAAAACGUUCUGAGCCGUCUGUUCUACGAAGAAUCAACACACGACGUAAUAGCCAACAUUGCAAGAACGUACAAAGACCAGGGCUUCGAAUAUCUCGACGCCGCCACUGAGCUGGUACAUCACUUCCUGCGCGUUCUUGAAGCCUACUCCAAGCAAAACGCCGACAUGCAGAUUCGAUCAAGAAAACGGGCACGCACGAAGAAGAAGGCCGAGACGCAACAAAAUGGUGUCGACGAUGAAGAGAACGACGACUCUGGGCAGGACGAAGUAGCUGCAGAGCGGACGUCGAAGGAACGAAAAUUCGACUUUCAUCGUUUCACAUCACGGUUUACACCACAAGGCGUGGUGGAUACCUUUCUCGCAUUUACCAAGUACUAUCGCGAGCUCAACGAUACGCAAUUGAAGCGAGCGCAUCGAUACUUGUACCGACUGGCAUUUAAACAAGAGAUGAGUGUCAUGGUCUUCCGCGUCGACAUGCUUCACAUGCUGUCGAACAUGGUAAAGGGCCCAAAUGCACUGGACAAAUCUUCAAGAAUGUUCAAGGAUUGGGAAGAACUGAUCAAGCAGCUCUUCCGUAAGUGCUUCAAGAAGAUUGAAGAUCGCCCUGAACUUAUUGUCGAGAUGCUCUUCAGCAAACUCCCCGCGACUGCUUUCUUCCUCGAAUACGGCUACGAGAAACAAACGUCUACCAAGGCACAGCCUCGACCAGCCGCCGAGCUCGUUUUCAAGCACACCACUGAGCACGACCAACAGGUCGGCAUCGCAGUCGGCGCUUUGCUCGACAAAAACGAAUCGGACCAUGUUCAGUGGCUCAAGAAGGUCUUUACCACUGCUGAGAUUGAGCGCCGUUCUUGGAGCAACGCGAAUGAGCAGCUGGUGGCAGACGAGACUCCCUUUGACGAUGCUGAAAUGGCUGCAAUCCCACAAGAACCCAAGCUCCCGCCCAUAUUCACAGUUCGUCCUGACGGUCCCGAGAGGCGCUCAGCGAUGUUCAAGAACCCCUACCUGCGUCUCUUGCUGAAUCUCGCUGGUGCGCGUCUUCUGGGCCCCGCAGCGGAAGAGACACCGGAAUCGGUCUGGAUUAUUCCCUCCGACGUCACUGCCAACCAGCUCAAAGAUGCACUUCAUUACAUCAACCAAGCAGAAUUUAACCCACCAACAUUUGAAAAUGGAACCUCGGCGGAACAGCAACUGAAACGCAAAACGGCAGCACGAAAGAAGGCGGCAUUUGACGACGAUAACGAGGACGACCAUGACGGCCUCGAUGAUUUCUUGGACGAUGGAGGGAUGUUUGCUGCAGGUGGUCCUACAGCGCGAAAAGUGAUUGAUGAAGUCAAAAAGCCGAAGAAGUCUCGGAAGAAGCGAAGCGCAUCGAAGGAGAUUGAUGACGAGGAACGGGAAGACCGUGCGCGUAAACGGCGGGACAAAGAAAGAGAAAAAGCGCGCAAAAUCAAGUCAGCCCUCUACGUCAAAGAUGGAGACGACGACUUUGACUCUGACGAAGACGAAGAAUUCUUCGCUCGUGAGCGUGCCAUCAAGGCUCGAGCAGAGCACGUUGCCAAGACUGUCGUGCACGGCUUCGCCGACGAUGAUAGCACUGCGAACGGGCGCCCCGCCGCAAAGCGCAAAUCGGCGGCGCUGCUGGACGACAGCACGGAUGACGAAGAUGCAGUCGAUGAUCUCAACUUCGCGCAGCGCAUGCUCAGCAGCCAGUCGGCAGCGGACGCCAGCGAAACAGACGAUACGGCCGUGGACGCCAUUGAGGCGGAACGGCCAAAACGACAAAGAUUGAGCGUGGAUGCGGAUGAUGACGAAGACACGGGCAUGGACGACGCUGAUGGCGAAGACGCGAGUGUCUCCAGGACCGCUGCGGCGCCGACCGAGGGGAGUGACGCCGAGGGAGACGAUGUUCCUGCGCCGACCUCCACAGCACGCAGGGCGCGUGUCCGAGGCGGCUUCGUCAUUGACAGUGACGAUGACGAGUAA